UCCCGACCGCGCGGUGCGGGGCGGGGGCCGAGCCGGCAGCCCGAACGCCUGGCCGUAGCGGGGAGCCCCGGUGGCACCAGGCAGCCCGAGCUGCCGCGCCGCGCUUCUGCCGCGCCGAGUAGCUCGUCUGCACGCCGCGUGCCACACAAUGACAAAAAAGACACUGGGUUAUGGGCAAGUCAGAAAGUCAGAUGGAUAUCACUGAAAUGAAUGCUCCAAAAUCAAAGAAGAAACUGCGAUGGAGUGGCCUGGAAAUAGGGCUGACUGUUGUAGUGAUUCUGCUGGCCAUUGUGGCAAUCACAAUGAUAGUCCUGUAUGCUACAUACGAUGAUGGGGUUUGCAAGACAUCAGACUGCAUAAAGUCAGCAGCCCGAAUCAUUGAGAACAUGGACACCACCGCAGAGCCUUGCAGUGAUUUUUACCAAUAUGCCUGUGGAGGAUGGCUGAAGAGGAACGUCAUUCCAGAAACCAGCUCCCGUUAUAGUAACUUUGACAUUUUAAGAGAUGAACUAGAAGUUGUUUUAAAAGAUGUCCUCGACACACCAAGCAGCAGUGAUAUAACAGCAGUGCAGAAGGCAAAAACUCUGUAUAGAUCAUGCAUAAAUGAAACAACCAUUGAUAGCAGAGGUGGAAUGCCUUUAAUCAGUCUCCUGGCAAAUUUAUCUGACUGGCCUGUAGCAACAAACAACUGGGAGUCUUCCUAUGGUGCUGCUUGGACAGCUGAGACAGCUAUUGCACAACUCAACUCCAGAUAUGGGAAAAAGGUCCUGAUUAAUUUUUUCGUUGGCACAGACGAUAAAAAUUCCUCAGCACACAUCAUUCAUAUUGACCAACCUGGGCUUGGCCUGCCUUCUCGUGACUACUAUGAAUGCACAGGAGCAUACCAAGAGGCAUGUUCUGCCUACGUUGAUUUCAUGAUUUCUGUAGCUAAACUAAUCCUACAAGAAAGAAACAUUUCUUUCAAUGAGACCCAGAUUGCAGAAGAAAUGAGAAGAGUCAUGGACCUGGAGAAAGAGAUCGCUAACGCAACAACAAAGUCUGAAGACAGAAAUGAUCCACUUUUGCUGUACAAUAAAAUGACACUGGCACAACUCCAGAACAACUUUUCGUUGGAAAUAAAUCAUAUGGCAUUCAACUGGUCAAAAUUCAUAAACAAUAUAAUGUCAACUGUACAAAUUGAUGUGGAGGACACGGAACAUGUGGUUGUUUAUGACCCAGAAUACCUUACCAAGCUGAAGUCUAUUCUUAAUAAGUAUACCCCCAGAGAACUUCAAAACUACAUGAUCUGGCGAUUCGUAAUGGACCUUGUAAACAGCCUUAGCCGUAACUACAAGGAUACCAGGAAUGCUUUUCGUAAGGCUCUGUAUGGCACCACGUCAGAAACUGCUGUUUGGCGUCGCUGUGCCAACUAUGUCAAUGGCAACAUGGAGAGUGCGGUGGGACGGCUGUAUGUGCAGGAGGCCUUUGCUGGAGACAGUAAACACGUGGUGGAGGAAAUGAUUGCAGAUAUACGUGGUGUUUUUAUAGAAACCUUAGAUGAUCUCACCUGGAUGGAUGCAGAAACCAAAAAGAAAGCAGAACAAAAAGCAACAGCAAUUAGAGAGAGGAUUGGCUAUCCAGAUGAGAUCAUGACAGAUGACAACAAGCUGAACAACGAGUACCAGGAGCUGAACUACAAAGAAGAAGAAUACUUUGAAAACAUCAUUCAAAAUUUAGUAUUUACCCAAAAGAAAAGACUGAAAAAGCUUAGAGAAAAGGUGGACAAAGAGGAGUGGAUAAGUGGAGCUGCUGUUGUCAAUGCUUUUUACUCUGCAAGUAGAAAUCAGAUAGUCUUUCCUGCUGGCAUUUUGCAGCCUCCUUUCUUCAGUGCAUCUCAGCCCAAAUCUCUGAAUUAUGGUGGCAUAGGCAUGGUCAUUGGUCACGAAAUCACACACGGUUUUGAUGACAACGGCAGAAAUUUCAAUGAGAAUGGAGACCUCGUAGACUGGUGGACUGAAGAAUCUGCACGCAAUUUUAAGAACUUAUCGCAGUGCAUGGUGUACCAGUAUGGAAACUUCUCAUGGGACCUAGCAGGUGGACAGCAGCUGAGCGGAAUUAACACACUAGGAGAAAACAUUGCUGAUAAUGGAGGUGUUAGACAAGCAUAUAAGGCUUAUGAGAACUUUGUGAAAAAGAAUGGCAAAGAAAAACUUCUCCCUGGCCUGGACAUGAACCAUCAGCAGCUGUUUUUUCUGAACUUUGCACAGGUAUGGUGUGGAACAUACAGACCAGAAUAUGCUGUGAACUCCAUCAAAACCGACGUUCACAGCCCAGGAAAAUUCAGGGUCAUAGGAUCAUUGCAAAACUCUCCAGAGUUCUCUGAAGCCUUUUCAUGCACCACAAAAAACUACAUGGAUCCUGCUAAAAAAUGCCGGGUUUGGUGAUGGAGCUGCACACUCUGCAGCUCAAGAAGCUUUCCAGAAAAACAGAAAUUAUGGACUAAUUUUGACAAGAGGCAGAGGGAAGAAAAUUGAAAGAAAAAUGCUAUAGAAGACCCCUUAAUCCUUAGUAAGCAGGCAAACAAGAAGCAAUCACACCAAAACAAUCCAUUUCUCCAGUGCAGGAUAACACCCAGGCAGCGCCCAGCUCUUGUGGCUAUUGCUGCUCCUCAGCCAGCCCUGCAGGAUGCACAGUGCCAUGCACAGCACCACUGCACUCACAGCUAACCCUGCCCCCCACCCAUCAAUGGCUUUUUGCAUCAUGAUUUUAAAUGUCGAAGUACAACACAUCAUCUCCCACUGGUUGAUGAAUGCAUACUUCUGAUCGAGCAAAGGAAGGAAGUACUAAGUAACACAUGGUAUUGUUGAUCAUAAUAUGAUAACGAGGCAGCAGUUUGCAUCCUGUGUCAGAAUUUGUACCCUCUGCUGUUAGGAUAAAUCUGUUUUACCAAAUGUUUUCAUUUCUACUUGAAGCCAUUUAUACAAAGGGAGUCCAAAGAUGUGCGUAGUUCAAUAACCUCUCGCUAAUUAUUCCUUUGUGUAUUAUUUCAACUCACAUUUACAACAGUUUAUUUACUGCUUUCCAGCCAAACUGAAAUUGCAGGUAAUUUAUUAAUUUUUAAACGCAUAAUCUAUAAGACUGUGAUCAAAGACCCUCUCACAAUUUUCUAUGCUUUUUCUUGCUUUCUCUAACGUUUGUCUUUUUAAAAGUUUCUAGCAAUGUAAAAAUCACAGUUUUUGUAUUUAAAUCUCAGUUACACUUUUGACUUAAACUAUUGUAAUAUAUUUUAUCAGCAUCUGCAUAGAACUGGCCAAUUAGAGUAAUGAGUGGAAUCAGACAGUAAGAUAGAGCCUCCAAAACAGAUGUGCAGUGGAGAACACCAAUAAGCAUACUGUCAUGCACAGCUUUCAGACUGACUAUCUCAGCAACGAGGGUUUCUAUCCUGCACAUAAUUGUAUGUGCUCUAAUGGAUGUCAGUCCUCACACCAGGAAAGCUGCACAGCUGCUUACAAUAACAGAGCUUUAAAUGAGAAGGUAAUGGGCUUUAAAUCUGCAAUGAUAGGUACUGAACAUCAUCAUGCAGAUUGCAAAGGAACUGCUUUGUAUACCAAAGCAAACAGAUUUCCAGAAAUAAGUGGCAGAUACCUCAGAUGACUGCUACAAUAGGUAUAUUUGAAAACCUAUGUUCCUUUUAGCUUUUUGAGUUUGUCAUCUGAUAAAAACAUUUUGAUAAUAAACUGAAAUUAUAAACCAAAUGCAGCGUCUGUUCUUUACAGGAAGUAUAGCAGUAGAGAAGUGUAUCGCCCCACGUGCAUACCGAGCUGGGAGUUUGGAGAGAAGUGUGUGAAAUACAAACCAACCCUAAGGCAUACAAGCAGAAGACAGGCAAAGUUCCCUAGCCGUUGUUGGCUUCCAAUGCUCACAUACAUCCUGCUUUCGUUACAUGAAACCAUGCCAGCAAGUGAGCAGAGAUCUGGGAAACAACCUACAGACACUGCAGGAUUUGGUGUCGGAAUUUUUAUGAGAAGGUCUAAAGAAAAAGGAACGAGACAUAGUAGGAACCAAAGUACUCUUGUUAGUAAAAGCCAUAUUUACACGUGCCCCAAAACCAACGUCACACAUGUCCCAGACCACCAGCCUCCCCCCUUCACACAGCCCUGUGGGCCACACUAAGCACAUGACCAAACAUGGAGCAAAUGAGGCUGCUCAUUUCCUUCCUCCCCUCUGAAGCAGGUGAAAAAAUGAACAGAGGUUGGCUCUGCUUCCAGCCAAAGCUGCUGGAUCAGGGGAGCAUGAAUGCUGAAAGAUCCCCAUUGGGAGACAGAUACAUGCUGGGACCAAGACAACACAAAAGCAGUCACGCUCUGCAGCACGGCCCUGAACCCCAUCACUCCUGGCACUAGGCCUGUCCUGUGCCUCACAGCAGCCUUGUCUUCCACAGCACUCUUACCAAAAGCCACUGGGCACACCUGCUGAGGCACACUUGGCCACGUGUCAGCAUCCAACAGAGAAAUAACAUGCAUUUUAAAAACCAAACUUUAACCAGUAACACGACUGUCACAUUCAUGCAAAAGUGAAAAUCAGGUAUUCCAUAAGAGAAACAUAAAACUAGUAAUUGAGAUGCAAGACAUCUGACAUUAAACAAGCAGUGAAAAGUCACAAUAUGCCUUUUAUCACAGCUUGCAAACUAAUUAGCACCAGUGAGGCUUUUCCUUUUUAGAACGUUAAUAUCAAGGAAAUAUUUAUAGGUAUGCCACAGGAAGCAUCCACCAAAGGCCUCGAGAACAACAAAGCCUGGAAAACAUGUCACUCAAUGUGGCAUUCCUAUUUUGCUGCUUCUCCAGGUCUGUGUAAGCACUCUAACAGAUUUCACAUCAGGAGCAGAACUUGUAGGCAACUGCACUGUUUCUUUCUAGGAUUUCCUUGUUCAGGAAACCACCACAUUUUGCGCUGAAAAAUAGAGAAGCAAUCAAUGUGGCAAUCAAUGUGGCACCACUGAUGGAAGCACUGUGCUGCUGAAGUCCUCCCCUCUCUGUAACGCUCACUGCUUUGGCUGCACCAUCUAAGAAAGCUGCCUGGGCAGCUCCUGGCCUCAUCAACACCACUGACACUCAUGAGUGGCAGAUGCUGACAGUGACUUUACAGUUAACAAAUUUAGAUACAAGCUAUCUACUUUAAAGGAAAGGUGAAGCAGCACUCAAGCCCCGAUGCACAAGUGGUUGGCAAAGAGCAAGGCAAUUACCUUAAGCUCACCUGGAGACGUGAAAUACGGUCAUUCAAAACCAA